AAGCUAGGCGUUUAAUAAAAAAAACAAACAUACAAUAUUUUUUGUUACUGUAAAAAGUUUGUAUUGUUGUUAACAAACUUUUUGGUGAGAUUAGUUAUGUUCGAAAAAUUUAAGGGUGAAUUGAAGUUGAAAUGGCGCCAAUAUUUAGCAGCUUCUUUAGCGAGCUACGGCAGCCUGUGCACCGGCAUGUCGAUGGGCUGGACGUCGCCCGUGCUGCCGGCGCUGCGCGGGCCGCACUCUCCGCUGCCGCAGCCGCCCACCAGCCAGCAGGAGUCCUGGGUCGGCUCGCUGCUCGUGCUGGGAGGACUGCUAGGUCCGCUAAUCACCGUGCCGCUUUCCCGCCACGUGGGGCGCCGCUACAUCAUCAUGGGCUCCAACAUCCCUCUGCUCCUGGGCUGGCUACUGGCUCUGGUCGCCACAAAUCUGGAAACGCUUUACGCAGCGCGAGUCAUGUGGGGAUGCGCCACGGGAAUGAUGUUUGCCAUGGUGCCGAUUUAUAUUGGGGAGAUUGCUGAGGACCAAAACCGCGGAGCCCUAAGUGCUCUAUUCCUCCUCUUCAUCAACGUGGGCUUCCUGCUCGCGUACGCCAUCGGCCCCUUCAGCGACUACUGGGGCCUGACCGGGGCCGGCGGGGUGCUGUCGCUGUUCUACAUACCCUUCACUUGUUUUAUACCUGAGACGCCGUUCUUCUUGGUUUUGAAAGGAAAAACAGAAGAGGCCUCAAAAAUCCUGCAAAAACUGCGCGGCACCCCUGAAGACAGUGUAAGGGAAGAGUUGGAAGCACUCAAAACAAUGGUGGCUCGAGAAUUCAAAGAGGAACCUCGAAUAAGCGAUCUAUGGGCAACACGGGGGAACGUCAAGGCUCUGGGCAUUUGUGUGUUUCUGGCGAUGCUGCUUCAGUUGUCUGGUAUUGAUGUUCUGCUGUUUUACAUGGAAGAGCUCCUGGGAAAAGUUGGCACCAACAUUACGGCGUCCGAUGGAACUAUCAUUAUGGGUGUUGUGCAGGUGGUAACAAGUUGUGUGACCCCACUGGUGGUGGACCGACUUGGCAGGAAACUCCUCAUGUGGACAACGUCUCUUGGUCUCACGAUAUUUUUGACGAUCAUAGGGUUCUACGCGUUGCUGGACAACUAUUAUAAGAUCGACGUCUCGCAUUUCGCGUUCAUACCACUUCUGUGUCUCAUCAUUUAUAUGGUGCUGUUUACAUUGGGCGUGGGCCCGGUGCCGUGGAUCCUGGUGGCGGAGAUGUUCCCCGCGCGGACCAAGUGCCUCGCCGGCGGGAUCUGCUCCUUCAUGUGCUGGCUGGCCGGCUUCGUGUGGACCAGAUUCUUCCGCGACGUAGAGUCGUCCUACGGCAUCUACACUGCAUUCUGGAUCCUGGCGGCGUGCUGCGGCGUGGGCUUCCUGUUCUCAGUCACACUGCUGCCCGAGACCAAGGGGAAGACUUUUGACGAGAUACAGGAUAUGUUGAAUAAGAAAGACAAAUCGAAGGAGGUGGAGCCAGUUGCAGUUUAGUUUUAGCUAUAACACUCUAUGUAUGUAUAAUGUAAGCUUUAAGUAUAAUAUUAUAAAAUUACGGAAAUAUAAUAGCAGUAAAGAACUUUACCUA